UGACGGCGGCUCUCCCCUUCCUCGCGCUCGUGCACGACCGGCCCGCCCCACCUCCCUCCGCCGCCGCCGUCGCGGCUCGGUCUGGUCCGGGCUCCGUUUCCCUGCGCGGCCCCGAUUUCGCAGCCCCUGCGGCAGCCGCGCUCGGGAGUGAGGCGAUGCUGGAGAAAGACCGGAUAUCCUACUUCUACGACGGAGAUGUGGGCAAUGUCUACUUUGGGCCAAAUCACCCCAUGAAGCCACAUCGUCUUUGUAUGACGCAUCACCUUGUUCUUUCAUAUGGACUUCAUAAAAAGAUGGAGAUAUAUAGACCACACAAAGCAUAUCCAGUAGAGCUUGCCCAGUUCCAUUCUGCUGAUUAUGUGGAAUUCUUGCACCGGAUAACUCCUGACACCCAGGACCUAUAUGGAAGUGAAUUAACUAGAUACAAUCUUGGAGAAGACUGCCCGGUCUUUGAUAAUUUGUUUGAGUUCUGCCAAAUCUAUGCUGGAGGAACUUUAGAUGCUGCUCGCAGAUUAAAUCAUAAAACAUGUGAUAUUGCCAUUAAUUGGGCCGGUGGGCUGCAUCAUGCAAAAAAGUGUGAGGCAUCAGGCUUCUGCUACAUUAAUGAUCUAGUCUUGGGAAUCCUGGAGCUUCUCAAGUACCAUGCCAGGGUUCUUUAUAUUGACAUUGAUGUCCAUCAUGGAGAUGGAGUUGAAGAAGCCUUUUAUUUCACUGACAGGGUAAUGACUGUGAGUUUCCACAAGUAUGGUGACCUGUUCUUUCCUGGCACGGGUGAUAUUAAGGAUAUUGGAGAAAGGGAAGGAAAAUAUUAUGCCAUCAACAUUCCACUUAAAGAUGGGAUAGAUGACGCCAGCUUUACUCGGCUUUUUAAAACAAUUAUUGCCAAGGUUGUUGAGACAUAUUUGCCUGGUGCCAUUGUUCUUCAAUGUGGGGCUGAUUCAUUGGCAAGGGACCGUCUAGGCUGCUUCAAUCUCUCCAUCGAAGGCCAUGCUGAAUGUGUAAAGUUUGUUAAGAAAUUCAAUAUUCCCCUUCUGGUAACUGGAGGUGGUGGAUACACCAAGGAGAAUGUAGCACGGUGUUGGGCUGUUGAAACUGGGGUCCUUUUAGACACAGAACUUCCGAAUGAGAUUCCAAACAAUGAUUACAUUGAAUACUUUGCUCCGGAUUAUACAUUGAAAGUUCCAAAUCUGAACAUGGACAAUUUGAAUAGUAAGACCUAUCUCAGUUCAAUCAAAGUGCAAGUCAUGGAGAGUCUGCGCUCCAUACAGCACGCGCCUGGCGUUCAGAUGCAAGAGGUUCCACCUGAUUUUUAUAUCCCAGAUUUUGAUGAAGAUGAGCUGGAUCCUGAUGAGCGUGUUGACCAGCAUAUCCAAGACAAGCAGAUUCACCGUGAUGAUGAGUACUAUGAAGGUGACAAUGACAACGACCAUGACGAUGGCACACGCUGAUCUGUUCCUUUUGAGCAUGUAAUGGUGUAAACGGAAACUGGGAACAUUCACUGUUGUUGUGUAGCUCAUCAGGCUUGAGAUGGAGUGAUUUGCAGAUUUAACAGUAGGGUUAACUUAACAGACUAGCAGGUUAAAAUGUUUAGAGUUCUGACCCUUCCCUGAAUUACACCGUGUGGUACAAUCCUGCCCCUUUUUCUGCAUACAGAAAUGCAAAUUUGGUGGUGUACGAUUCUGUCUUGCA